AGUAUUCCUCUGGUUCAAAAGCGUUGGUUUUCCUGGUUUGUUUUUCCGGCGAGAGAAUUACAGCCUGAGUCAGUGUUUACUUUAUCCGGUUUCUGGGAUUUUCUUCAAUUUUCUGUUCGUCGUUCGACAACAUGAAGAAGAAACUCGACACUCGUUUUCCUGCAGCUCGGAUAAAGAAGAUUAUGCAAGCUGAUGAAGAUGUUGGAAAGAUUGCUUUGGCCGUACCUCUACUUGUCUCUAAAGCUUUGGAGCUCUUUCUGCAAGAUCUAUGUGACCGAACAUAUGAAAUAACUUUAAAGAAAGGCGUCAAGACUCUGAAUUCGUUUCAUCUAAAACAGUGUGUGCAAACCUUUAAUGUUUUUGAUUUUCUGAGAGAAACUGUCAGCAAGGUUACUGAUCUAGGUGGUUCUGAUGCUGCUGAUGAGGACCGUUCUGUUUGCAAAAGAAGGAAGGUUGUUGAUGAUGACAACAGUGACUGUGAUGAUGAGCCCAAGAAGAGCAGAGUGGAUGCAACCGGCAACCUAAGCAGCAGAGGAAGGGGAAGGAGCAGAGGUAGAGGUCGUGGUCAAAGCAGAGGCAGAAAAAUAAUGGAGCAAGAGACGGUUCCACAUCAUGAGAAUUUUGAAGAUGAUCCAGACACUUCUCACCAGCAAGAAGCAAAUGACUUAGAUUUUCAAAGGGUGGAUAGUAGCAGAGAGCCUGAUGAGGAGGCAGUGCAAGCUAACAAUAAUUUGAAAGUCCCAGUUCGAAACUUUGACCUCAAUGUUGGCUUGGAUGAGAAUGGUGACUCGAUCCUCCCAGUUUCUGCCCCUGCUACUCUGAUCAUGAAGACCAUCCCUGAAAUUAAACAUGACGAAUACCCCGGCUGGUGCCUUUCUGAAAUUGACAAGAUGGCCAUAGAUCCUACUCAACUCACCAAUUUCAAUGGGAGAAUAGAUGAGGAUGAGGAAGAUUACGAUGAAGAUAGUGAAUGAAUUUGUGCCGGAGAAUUUUGUCCAUUAGGUUUGUAGUCAGUUCUUUUCUAACCCAAGAACAGAGUAGAUAUCAAGGUAAUACAUGUGAUAGGAAGAUUAGGGGAAAUCUGUGAAGUACUUUCUUUCUGGAAAUCAGUGAAAAUAAAAAAGUCUAGCAAUU